AUGAACUAUUCGCCAUCUUCAAACCUUAUCUUACCAACAAGCACGGGGACAUUAGCGACAGUAUUGACCAACAAAUCUGGAAGUAAGAACUCGGAUCUUUUUGGGGGAAAAUGUAGCAGUCUUGUCACUUCAAAAAUGAGCGACGUAAUUCGUGAAAACAAUUGUUCCGCCUUAACUUUCCCGAAAUUAGCCUCUCGACCAAAUCUUGCUAGUGAUAGUCACCCCGUAUUGUUAACCAAACCAAAACUUUUGCGCAAAAAGGAUUCAGAUGUAAAACGCUACAAAGAAUUAGUUUUAAAGAAGAGUAUCGAUUGUGCUAAUGCUAUUUCUGGGGAGCAAUUUGCCCUGGAGCGCGAGGGAGAACUUCGACGCAAAUUACGCGAGUUAAAAACACAAAGCAAAGCUGAGAUGCGAGUUGAGAAGUUGAGGAAUAAGGAAAGGUUUCUGAGCGAGACUGAACAACUGAGAUGGCAAAGAGAUGAAGCUCGUAUGAUGGUGGAAACCAAAGAUAUUUUGAUAAAAAGAUUGAGAAUGAGAGUGAAACAACUGGAACAACUGGAAAAUCAAAAAGAAAAAGAAAUAAACGAGAUGAAACGGGAGUUAGAUAUGAAAAACAUUGCUUCGAAAAACAUACUUCGAAAACUGGUGUUAGCAAAGUUUGCUAAAAAGAAAUCAUAA